AUGGGCCCACACCAGAUAAUCGCUGUUGCCCAUUAUUUCCUCAUCCUGAACCGCAAAGCCCACGGCCGCAGCCCGCAGCCCUCAGAUCCUGGACUGCACCACCUCGGUCGGUUGAAGCCAUUUGUCCGCCUCACCCUGUAUCUAUACUCGAACCCAGCGUCCGGACCGUCUGGAGAGCAAAGACCAUCGCUUACCCUUCUUGGCCGGCUUCUCCAGUCCCAGUCGCAACCGUUUGCCUCCCCGCCAGGCGUCAAGCGUCCAACGCCAAACCUCAGCUGGUCGGGCAACGCUUCCCCAUCGCCCACACAGCCGCAGACCAAAUCAAGAUCACUCGACGCUUCCGACCGCCUCGAGAAACAAGCAGUCGUCAUGGCCGACAAUGUCGAGACAAGUGGCGAUAAGCAAGUCACCUUCAAGGUGAAGACGUCUUCUGACAGAAAUCACACCAUCACCAUGGCCGAGUCAGCUACCGUGCUGGAGCUCAAGACCAAACUCGCUGGUGGCGAGUUCGAAGACAUCCCUGUCCAGAGGCAACGCCUCAUCUACUCUGGUCGCGUCAUGAAGAACGAUGAUACCCUUGGAUCCUACAGCAUCAAGCAGAACAACACCAUCCACAUGGUCAAGAGCGCAGCCAGCAAUCCGACCCAGCAGACCUCGACAUCUGGUCCUACCCCGAGAGCCGUUCCAGACAAUAUUUCCGCUGGAACCAGCCCCAACGACCCCCUCGCCAACCUGACCGGCGCCCGUUAUGCUGGCCAUCAGAUCAACUUUCCAGGCAUGGACAUGUUCGGCCCGGAUGGCGGUAUGGGUCCUCCUAUGGACGAGGAGCGUAUCCAACGCAUGAUGUCAGACCCCAACGUUCAGCAGUCCAUGAACGAGGCCUUGAACAAUCCCGACUUUGUCAACAUGCUCAUCGAGUCGAACCCGAUGCUCCGAAACAUGCCCAAUGCGAGAGAAAUAAUCACCUCCCCGUUUAUGCGACAGAUGAUGAGCAGCCCGCAGAUGAUGAACCAAGCCAUGCGUAUGCAACGAAGUAUGCGCGGGGGGUACUCAGCCUUCCCUGCCCCCGGCGCCACUGAUACCACGCCAGAUGCUGCUGCCGGCGGCAAUCGAUCUGCUGGACAGGCGAGGAGCCCGAUGCCAAAUCCCAUACUGCAAACUUUCAUGAUGCCCGGAACGAUGGGCGGUGCUGGUGGCGCCGGUGGCACCGGCGGCAACAGCGCUUUGAACUUUGCCCAAAUGCUCCAAAGCCUAAAUGCCAUGAGCCCCAGCCCGGCUGCCCAAGCCCCAACGACCAGCCCUCCUACCGCCGGAGCCACCCAAGGGACCACGCCAAGCUCAGAGUCCCGAGAGGGCCAGGGUGCUCCCCCAGACACUGGAGCGGCAGCUGGUGCUUCUCUGAACAAUCAGACCCAAAGCGCUGCCAACCCCUUUGCUGCUUUGUUCUCCCCAGCGGCCAAUCCGGACAACCUUUGGGGUGCGAACGCCGACGUGAUCCAACAAAUGAUGCAGAUGUUUGGAGGCGCAGGCGCAGGCAGUCCAGCCUCACCUCCUGAUAAUCGACCCCCGGAGGAGCGAUAUGCCGAUCAGCUGCGCCAGCUGAACGAUAUGGGCUUCUGCGACUUUGACCGAAAUGUUGCGGCUCUGCGGAGGAGCGGAGGCAGUGUGCAGGGCGCCGUCGAGCACUUGCUGAGCGCUACGGACUGA